AUGGCGCUGCUCGUUAUAGUCACGGUGGUGCUCUGUGUGAGCACGUGGUAUGCAGCGGGCAAGAUGUACAGUGACUCCCUCGAUGACAUCUCUACACAACUGCGGCAGAAGUCCCUGGUGCGGGCACACCAGCAGUUCCUGCUCUACAUCAACCGCGACCGUGACGUGCUGCUUUCAUACGCCUCUGUGGUGGAAAACCUGCUGGCGAACACCAACACUUCGGUCGUGGGACUGAAGUACGCGCAGCAGCAGAUCGCCCCACUAGCGUGGUCGUUCUUCCAGUCGUCCCUGCCGCGCCUCACCAUCAUGGGCUAUUUCUCCCACUUUGGCUGCCUCGUUGGCUACUCUCAGACCGACCCUGUCACCCAGUCGUUCUCAGCCACCCCUGGCGGCGCCGUCUCUCAGGUUUUCACAAAGAAUAUCACCGACAUUACAGGCCGCUGGUACAUCCAGGCAAUUAACACCUCCACCGGGACCCCCCUCCCCCAGUCACCCCCUCGCAACUUCACGCCAGUGCCCAUUGGGUCCCCAGCCAUCUAUGACCAGGUUGCCGCUGGCCCCCCUGGCCUGCUGCUCUGGACCUUCAAUGCCGUUCAGAACCUCUCUGGACCGCUCUUGCUCGCAUCGGUGGCUGUGAGGGGUGCGGAGCAGAGGAAAGCGAUUGGGCAGGACGUGGGUGGGGAUGAGUGGUGGGAUGUGGGUGGGGGAGCGGUGGUGAAAGGGUUGGUAGGGAGUGGGGAAGGGAGUGGGGGAGGGGGUGGGGUUGGGGGUGGGGUUGGGAGGGGGUUGGGAGGGGUUGGAGGGACUACGAAGGUUGAUGCAACGAUCCAAGGAGGAGAGUUCUUGGGGAACGGGGAUUUGGAUGGGGUGGGGGUUGGGGGCGGGGGUGGCGGUGGGGGAGUUGUUGAUAGUGAGAGUGAUGGAUUGGUGGCACGGGAUCUAUUGUCGCUGCCAGACGUUCAAUUCCACCCACAUUUCCAUUUGCAUUCCCAACGACCUGCCCACCUCGCCUCAGCUUCUGCUGCUGCCAGUGGUGGGGCAGGUAGACUUGCAUCAGCAUCGGCAUCAGCUGCUGCUGUCACGGGUGCCUCUACUGCUGCCGCAGCUCGCUCCCAAGUCACUCCACAUGGGACAGGCUCGGGAGGAGGGGCGGGACCGCCGCCGCUGCCGGAGGGGUUUGAAGGGCCGGGGGGAGCGCAAGCGAUGCCGGUGCUGGUGAACGCGACACAGGUGUCGGAUGCGGUGAUAGCCGAUACAGCGCGGUACCUGGAGGCAAGGUUUGGGCUGCCGGCGCUGGUGGCGGGGAACUACUCGGUGGGGGGCGUGAUGGUGAACGGGGAGGACUGCUUCGUGAGCACCAUGGCCCUCAGCUUUGACAAUCUCAAUAUGUACCUGGCGAUCAUCAUGCCGCGGGCGUCCAUAACGGCAUCAAUAGAGUCAAAGCAGCGCAUCAUGGUCAUCGUCACCACGGCAGUCGCGCUCUGCCUGCUGCUCAUCGGCUGGGCCGUGGUGAUCUUCCUCACGCUCUACGUGGACACGCGCAUGCGGCCCAAGGAGGAGCUUCAGCGGCAGAUGGAGGAGACUCAGCGCGCCCAGGCUGCUUCCGAAGUGAAGAGCCAAUUUCUCGCCAACAUCUCCCACGAUCUCAGGACACCUAUGGCCGGCACACACACACUAUUCCUCACGCUCUACUCUCUACGUGGACACGCGCAUGCGCCCCAAGGAGGAGCUGCAGCGGCAAAUGGAGGAGACUCAACGCGCCCAGGCUGCUUCCGAACACAUUCACUCUUCCUCACGCUCUACGUGGACACGUGCAUGCGCCCCAAGGAGGAGCUUCAAAGACAGAUGGAGGAGACGCAGAGAGCCCAGGCUGCCUCUGAAGUCAAGAGUCAGUUCCUGGCCAACAUUUCGCACGAUCUCAGGACGCCUAUGGCCGGCAUUCUAGGCCUGCUGGACAUCAUGCUGUGCGACCACCUGUCAUCAGAGCAGGAGGCCAAUCUGCGCCAGAUGAAGUCCUGCUGUGCGUCACUGCUGGGGCUCCUCAACAACCUGCUCGACCUUGCCAAGGUGGAGGCGGGCAAGAUGCAGCUAGAAGUGUUGGAGUUUGACAUAGUGGGCGAGCUCGAGUCGCUGGUGGACAUGUUCAGCGUGCAGGGGCUCAGCAACGGCACUGAGAUCGCCCUUGACCUCUCUGACGACAUCGACAGGACGGUUAAAGGGGAUCCCUCCAGAGUCCGACAGGUGUUUGCGAAUCUCCUGAGCAACGCGUGCAAGUUCACCAAGAACGGGCAGGUGGUGGUGCGGGGGUGGGUGCGGGACAGACCGCCCCCGCAACUGGCAAAGCAGGACCUCUCCAUCCCGGGGGAGAAGGGCAACAGGCGGCACAGCAGGUCCAAGAGCCGUGAUGUGGACAAUGCUGCAGCAGAUGCAGCAGGGGGAGGAAGCGUUGUGAUGGGCGGGGGAACAGGGGGCGAGCAGGGCGGGGGCAAGGCGCGGCGGACAGUGACUUUUAUGUUUGAGGUGGAUGACACGGGGCCGGGCAUCCCCGUGCACAAGCGGGAGUCCAUAUUUGAAAAUUUCCAACAGGCUGAUGUGUCCACUGCCAGGACGCACGGUGGCACAGGUCUUGGAUUGGGAAUCGUUCGCUCCCUGGUGAACCUGAUGGGCGGGUCGAUAGCUGUGGUGGACAAGGACGGGCAGGGGGCACGGUUCCGCUUCGACAUGCGGUUUGAAGCGGUGGAGGGCGGUGGAGGGUGGCACAACAGCAUGCUGCAGCCGGAGCUGCUGCUGCCCAAGCUGACUGCCGUGGAGGGCGGGCAGGUCCUGCUGGCAAUGAAAGAGGACAGUGCAGGGGCGGCCAUAGCAACGGCCUGGAUGGAGCGGCGCAAGCUCAAGGUGUGGCGGGCGCACACGUGGCAGGAGAUCAUGCCAGCUGUCGCCUCCAUUCUCAUCCAGAAGUCCGCCGCCUCGCAGCCGCCCCGCGCCUCGCGCUCCCUCGUGGGCUUCUCUGCGCCGCUCAUGCGGAGUUUUACUGCUCUGAGAGGGGGAGGGGGGGAGAAAGGGGAGAAAGGGGAGAAAGGGGAGAAGGGGGAGAAGGGGGAGAAGGGGGAGAAGGGGGAGAAGGGGGAGAGAGGGGGGGUUGUUGCUGCGGGAGGAGCGGUGGGGGGAGGAGGCGUGGGAGGUGCCUCCCCGCCUUCAGCAGCAGCGCAAGCAUCGUCCUCCUCGUCGGCCUCUACAGGCCAGGCGUCCUCCUCCUCCUCUACGGCCCGGCCGGCGUCGAAGCUGAUGCUGGCGGUGAUAGACGUGGCCAUCGUUCCCAACGUGCACCAGUUUAUAGCGGAGGAGCUUCAUAUAUUCCGGGCUCGUCUGCAGCACCAGGGGUUUGUGAUUGCCUGGUUGGUCGAGCACAACACGUCAGCGGAUACUAGGCGGGCUCUCAGAAGGUCGGGGUGUGCAGUGGCGUCCAAGCCCCUGUAUGCUUCCCGCAUGGCUCCUCUCCUUGCUCUGGCGACUGCCAGGAACAGUGUGCCGCACUCGAGCUCACAAAUUGACAUGCCCCGCACGGUGGGGGGGAGGGGCGGACGCGGGGGAGAGGGGGGAGGGGAAGGAGGGGGCGCGCAGUGGCACCACAGUGAGGCAAACGAACGG